GUACGCCCUUGACAUAACUCAACCUCGCCUUAAAGUCAGGAAGCCGUAUGAGGCAGUGUAAUAGUAUUUAUAGGAUUUAGACUACAUUAAAGAAGAUGAAUGUACAAACUGAAUAUUAUAUCCGGCUUCUGUUACUUCUGGUGCAGUGUGGGAUGUUGGUCUGUAGAGGGAUAACAGAGAGAGAGCUGGCUGGUGUUGGACUAGACGUUCUCCUCAAACCUAAAGAACCAGAACUGAAGAGGAAGCUCCUUAGGUCUCAAUAUCUAAUACUGUUCCCUAAAAGCGCAAAGCCUCACGUCAAAGAUAUUGACAUCUCCCUGUUAACUGUCAUUAUAUUAGAUGUGUUGAUGGUUUCAACAACAGAAAAACAAUAUGUAAGAGAAAUAAAGAAUACGAGAAAUACACUGUCGCACAAUUCAACAGCCGCCCUUGAGGAAACGGAUUUUACCACCAUUAAAACUGAUCUGGAAGAUGCCUUGACAAAGUUGUCAUUAGGUCUUGAUGCGAAGAUACAGACUGAAUGCUCCAAGUUGAUACAGAAAUUCAUCAAGGAACCACUUGAUGAAUCAACAGCUUUGAAAUAUGCUAAACAAUUGAGGACUGAGGAUGAAUUAUUACAAGAUUUUGAAGGAAUGUUGGAAGAACAGUCAGAAGACAUUGUACAAGAAAUUAAAGCAUCGGAGAGUAGGCUUCAAAGUUCACUGUCAGAUUUGGGAGAACAUUUUUCAACCGAGUUACAGAAACUACACACUGGAUACACCUCAGAUGAUGUUACACACUUGAAAUUCCAUGAUACAUUGCCCUAUUGUGAACAAUGUAUUCAUGAUGAUAACAAAAAAACCUCUAAGUUCUUUUGUGAAGAUUGCACCCAGUUUCUGUGUUUAGAAUGCAGCCAAAGCAUUCAUGUUGAUGCACCUACGCACAGACGCUCGAGGAUAUUCAAGAGGAGCCCAAUCAAAAUAGAUGCUAAAGGUUAUGAUGUAUGCCACGAACAUAAAAGAAAUCUGGCAUACAUUUGUGAGUCACACAAUGAACUGUGUUGCGAAGAUUGCAGUAAAGAGAAACACCAAGGCUGUGAAACAAUCACAGCCAUUUCUAAUAUUGCUUCGCAGCCAAAAUUUAAUCCAGGGAUGGAAAUUCCACGGCUGCAAAAUGAAUCAAGUCUACUUAUUGCAUGGCUGUCUUCAGUGGAAUCCGAGGUUGAUAGGGAUGCAGAAAAUAUUGAUUCAGUGAUAGAAGAACGAAGAAAUACAUUGUUAAAAGCGUUCGAUGAUGAAGCACAGAAAGUGAAAGAGACGGCUGCUACCAUGAAAAGAAUGACAAAGAAGGAAAUAUCUAACAAAAGGAUGUCGUGCGAAGUUUUUAAUGAUAGAAUUAACAAAGCGAAAGUACGACUGAUCAAUAUGACAAAAUGUGGAACAGCAUGUCAGAAAGUAAUUGCACAAUACCACAUGGAGCAAUUUACAAAUACAUUCAAAUCUUUAAAAGAUAUAUCCUUUGUUUCUUUUCAACUUGGACAUUUUAAUGUUCCAAAUCCAAUUCUACAUCACCGUUCAUUUCAUGUGAAUGUUCCAGAAACCAGACCAGUUCAUUUGUAUCCCUGUGACCAAAUCAAAAUCACUAGUGCAGAUGACGAAAGGAUCCCAUUAUAUUCUGGUCUUGAUUAUUUGCCUGAUGGGAGAUUGAUUGUCGUAGAUAAUCAGAACAAGAAACUACUGGUACUUAGUGAGAAGUUGGUCGUCUUAGGUUCAUAUAAAUUCGAAUUUCAUCCACAGUGUAUUGUUGUUAUAUCUGAGGAUGAAGUGGCAGUUACAGUGGGAAGAUUCAAAAUGAUAAUUGUUCUUCAUAUCAGUAUAACAAAUAAGAUAUCGCAAGUUAGGAACUUCGAAAUAGACUUGCCAUGCUAUACAAUAUGUAUGAUUGAUGAUGGGCACUUUCUUGUAGGAACUUUUAACGCUACAAAGCCUGCUUGUAUUGUAUCUCUGGCAGGAGUAGUGGAAGAUAUAAAUCUUCCUAGAAAGGAAUAUGGAUUCAAUGAUUGUUUUUGUACAUUUCUCAGGGAUAGUAACAAACUUGUUUUUAGUCAAAGACACAAAAAUACGGUCACCAUAUAUGACAUUGCAACAAGGAAAAAUGUAACUGUCAAAGACGACAAAAUAAAAGAACCACGCGGUGUGGCAGUAGGGCCAUUUGAUUGUAUCUUUUUGUGUAGUAGACUUACACAAAGCAUUGUACAGAUUUCGCCUGAUGGGUGUAUCAUAACGUCUUUUAAAAUCGACAAUAUUUGGCCUUACAUGAUCUGUUUCUCAAAAAACAAAAGUACACUUGCAAUUUCUAAUAAUUCAAAACGCAAAAACGGUUUACAAGUAUUUAAGGUAGACUUUGGCAGUAAAUAAAGUUGAACAAGAUAUGUGUUCAUUUGAGGCACAUGCCCACCGCAACAUGGGAUUUUAGUAGCCAGUGUUAUCAUUUCUAUAGUUUUUGUAUGUAUGUUUUAGGUAUUUCUGUCAUACAUUACUGAAUUUAGAUCAAUAAAUGUUACGCGUACAUGCAAUAAAUAACUUAAGUCAGAUUGGAAAUGCUGCCACUUUCAACUUUGACAAAAUUACAAAGGUCUUGAAUACAUCAUAUCGUCUACUUAAGCAUGGCCUAAGGCUUUUUAUAAACAAUAUACAUUGUAUAGAGAAUGGUUCUACUUUUACACACACUGGCCUUUAAACUUAGUGAAGUACAAGAUGUAGAUUUAACAUUUACAUAAUUAUGUAUAAAAUAUGUUUAGUUUCUUAGUAGUAUUUUGAUUUCUUUUAAUUACUUUGUAAUACUUAUAUAGUCAUUAUUAUCAUAUUUAAAAUUUGUAGAAAAUGUUAAUAUUGUUUACAUGUAUCAUAAUCUAAAAUGUAUUUUUAGAAUAGUUAUGUAAAGGACUGAUAAACCUAAAACAUUUGUAAGUAAAUUAUGUUGGCUGUUUGUACAGAACAGAACAGAACAGAAACUUUAUUUUCAGACUUGUACAAAAUACAUCGUCUACACAAUACAAACAAUUAAAUAUAUUUAAGUAUAAGUCACAUUACAUAAUAAUAUCAUAGUCAAAUGUUAGCAAAGCAUAUGUUUUUAUUGCUUAAUUUAUAAUUCCGUUAAUACAAAACAUAUCAAAAUAUUAUCAAAGCAAAAUGUAAUCUAUAUUUAAAGUUAGACAUUAUGCAAUCAAUACUUAUUUAUCUACGCUAUGUUACACAGAGGAUUAACCGUGAAUUCAACGAUGUGUAACUGAUAUUCUCAUAGCCAAUGCUUCUCGUAUAUAACAAGCAAGGUUACGUAAAAUAAUCUUAUUAUCACUAUUUAAUAAUUCUAAAAAUUUAUACAUACUAGGUCUAACGUAGUAAAAUUUCUUAAUAUAUUUCUUUCUUAGGUCAUUGUAACAAGUGCAAACCAAAACAAAGUGGUACUCAUCUUCAGUCAGAUAAGUUGUUACAUACAGUGUUAUGUUAGCUCCCUCAGGGGUUUAGAUGUUCAUUUUAACAAAGCGCCUCAGGGAGUUUCAAAACAUUCUGCUGCUAUUUUUUGAAGAAGUAACAUAUCUUAAGUCUCUCUAAGGUUAAGUAAUUAAUUAUUGAAUUUAUUUUAGGCACUUUGGCAUUAAGUAAACCUUAGAGAUUGUCUAAAUUCACUGAAACAUUUUUGAUAAGAUUUGUAAGUAAUUUUAGUACAAUGUAAUUUCUUUUUACAGAAUUAAUUAAGAUUAAUUAAUAUCUUUGUGUUAAGUGGCUGCCAUCUUGAAUUGCUGAUCUCUAUUUUUGUUGAUAAAGAUUAAAACAGGGCUUGCUAUUGUUCAGAUUUAUUAGUUUAAUAAUACAAAAUCAUAUUAAGGUUAUUUUUCAUAUUUUCAGUUAUUACAUUUCAACUUGUUUAAAUCUUCUAUUCAAGUAGUUUAUUCUUAUAUUCAUAUUUUGGUUAUAUAAAAACAGUUUAUAUUAAAGUGAUUAUUGUAAACUUGUUUAGCUUUUAGAUAAGUGUAAAUAAAAACUUAGUUCAUUAAAGAUUUGGUUGAUACAUUUGUGUUUUAUUUAUCUU